GGAACCAGAAAGGGGGGCAGAGAGGAAGAAGAGAAGGCAAAGCACUCCCCCCAUCAAGAACAAUUUGAAAACCCAUCCCAUCAUAUUUAAAAUCUGGGACAAAGAACCGUCGGGACGGAACUCCUUCCGUUGCAAAACCUCGGCGCGGCCUCGGGAGCGUCCCGGCGGCCCCCGCCGGAGCAGCCCCUUUAAAGAAGCGGAGGACCGGAUUGGGAUCCUUGAAACCCGAAACCCAGAAACAGCAUCGGAGCGGAAACCAGAGGGAAAAUCUUGAACUCCUCCAGACAAUUGCUUCCGGGGAGUUGCGAGGGAGCGAGGGGGAAUAAAGGACCCGCGACGAGGGGCCCGCAGAUGGCGCGUCCCUGAGGGUCGUGGCGAGUUCUCGGAGCGUGGGAAGGAGCGGACCCUGCUCUCCUCCGGCUGCGGGCCAUGGCCACGGCGGAGCGGAGAGCCCUAGGCAUCGGCGUCCAGUGGCUCUCUUUGGCCACUCUGGUGCUCAUCUGCGCCGGGCACGGGCACGGGGGACGAAGGGAGGAUGGGGGUCCAGCCUGCUACGGCGGAUUCGACCUGUACUUCAUUUUGGACAAAUCAGGAAGUGUGCUGCACCACUGGAAUGAAAUCUAUUACUUUGUGGAACAGCUGGCUCAUAAAUUCAUCAGCCCACAGCUGAGAAUGUCCUUUAUUGUCUUCUCCACUCGAGGAACAACCUUAAUGAAACUGACAGAAGACAGAGAACAAAUCCGUCAAGGCCUAGAAGAACUCCAGAAAGUUCUGCCAGGAGGAGACACUUACAUGCAUGAAGGAUUUGAAAGGGCCAGUGAGCAGAUUUAUUAUGAAAACAGUCAAGGAUACAGGACAGCCAGCGUCAUCAUUGCCCUGACUGAUGGAGAACUCCAUGAAGAUCUCUUUUUCUAUUCGGAGAGGGAGGCUAAUAGGUCCCGAGAUCUUGGUGCAAUUGUUUACUGUGUUGGUGUGAAAGAUUUCAAUGAGACACAGCUGGCCCGGAUUGCGGACAGUAAGGAUCAUGUGUUUCCUGUGAAUGACGGCUUUCAGGCUCUGCAAGGCAUCAUCCACUCAAUUUUGAAGAAGUCCUGCAUCGAAAUUCUAGCUGCUGAACCAUCCACCAUAUGUGCAGGAGAGUCAUUUCAAGUUGUCGUGAGAGGAAACGGCUUCCGACAUGCCCGCAACGUGGACAGGGUCCUCUGCAGCUUCAGGAUCAACGACUCAGUCACACUCAAUGAGAAGCCCUUUGCUGUGGAAGAUACUCAUUUACUGUGUCCAGCACCUAUCUUAAAAGAAGUUGGCAUGAAAGCUGCACUCCAGGUCAGCAUGAACGAUGGCCUCUCUUUCAUCUCCAGUUCUGUCAUCAUCACCACCACACACUGUUCUGACGGCUCCAUCCUGGCCAUUGCCCUGCUGAUCCUGUUCCUGCUCCUAGCCUUGGCUCUCCUCUGGUGGUUCUGGCCCCUCUGCUGCACCGUGAUUAUCAAGGAGGUCCCUCCACCCCCUGCCGAGGAGAGUGAAGAAGAAGAUGAUGAUGGUCUGCCUAAGAAAAAGUGGCCAACGGUAGAUGCCUCUUAUUAUGGUGGGAGAGGUGUUGGAGGCAUUAAAAGGAUGGAGGUUCGUUGGGGAGAAAAGGGCUCCACAGAGGAAGGUGCUAAAUUAGAAAAGGCAAAGAAUGCAAGAGUCAAGAUGCCGGAGCAGGAAUAUGAAUUCCCUGAGCCUCGAAAUCUCAACAACAAUAUGCGUCGGCCUUCUUCCCCCCGGAAGUGGUACUCUCCAAUCAAGGGAAAACUCGAUGCCUUGUGGGUUCUACUGAGGAAAGGAUAUGAUCGUGUUUCUGUAAUGCGUCCACAGCCAGGAGACACGAGCAAUUGAAAAACAUCUCCACUAAAAUAUGUUAACAUUCCAUUUUCCAUGGACCAGUUUGCCAGAAACAAAUUCAUAAACUGGGUCAACCUAAGAAGUGGGAGGGUUAUAGGAAAGAGGCUGGACAGAAAGAAAUAUUAUCAUUUAUAAGACAGAAGAAUCAAUGCCGUUUGAGAGCAGAAGGCUGGUUACAUAAAGCCAAGAACAAUGGAAUGAAAAUAAAUGGAACUUCCUCUAAUGAAUCACACCUAAAUUGAAUCUCUUAUUUACCAAUUCUGAAUGAAAGUUUGUAUUAACAGCUGAAGAUGUUCAUGUGAGAAACAUUUUUGAGAAACACAAUGCUACCUUGAACUUUUAUUCUCUAGCCAUGCAAAAUAAUAGAUUUGCAAUACAAGAAGCUUAAGAAUUUGGAUACAUUUGAACAUACUGUCACCACUGUCACAAAUUAUAAUUAUCCAGUUUACUUUUAAGUACCCUUUGUUUGUGGGAGUCUUGCUAAAGUGAUAAGAUACAUGAGAAAAAUAGAUGCAGAAAAUUGCGUCCUUGUUGCUAUGGCAACAGCCACAUGAUGUACACAUGGAGUUACACAAGAAAGGUCACAGAUGAAGUAAGAGCCAGAAUUCAGAGCUGCCUAUGGCUACUCCGGAAAGAAUUCCAGGGGAAGGGUGGGGGGCAAUAUUGUAGCUUUGUCUACAUGCUUCUUCUGUUUUGUUUUGCAUAACCUUAGGAGACUCACUAGAGACCUGCGUUGCUUGCAUGGUGGUGAGUCUGUAAGAAUUCUUCAGCACUGAUUUAUGGAGCUAACCACAUUUUCCAUAAACUCAAAAUGACUCCAUCCAGGCAUGUGCUCAUGAACAAGAGUCACAGGUUCUGAAUUUUUCCUUUAAAACAAAACAAAAACAAAAAUCACCUAAUUGCAUUCUCUGUUACAUUCUAAGUUGCUUCAAACACAUGUUGACCUCACAGAAACCUGGCAGAUUUUCCUCCUCAAUUCCUGUCUCCUUCAUCCUCCCCCUAGCUACUCCACCCCAGUCCUCUAGAUGCAGACACAAGCCCACCAACAGAGCCUCUGAGGCUGCUGAAAGGCCUCCAGCCCCAGCACAGAGGAGGGGUUUGGGGAGCCAGAGCCCAGAGCCACCGCCCUUCCCUAGGAUUGGCACCCACCUCCUCAGAGCCAUCCAAGCCCCAGGUCAGCAAUGGCAGCAGGGAGCACGAAUGUUUUCCAUCUGCCAUCACCCAUCUCCCUCUUUCUGCCUGCGGUGGGUUCAUGGUCCCAUUGCUCCUUGGAGCCCACCAAGAAAUACUUGGGCCAUCAUAAAAGAGAAAGUGCCAAAGGAAACCACCUAAAUAGCAAAGCAGUAGCACAUCUGAUUCUAAGACUUUUAAAGUUUGCUAAGCAUGUGGUGUCCCCUGCUCCCAGUAUAUAGCCACCACAGUGCUCCUUAUAAAACCAAACCUCAACACACCAUGCCUCCACUUCAGACUUGCAAAAACUGUUGGAAAACCCAGAAUCCUUAGCUUGAUUUAGAAAGGCAUGCCUUUCCAUAUCAUCCGCUGCUUACCCCAGAUUCCCUCAUCACCUCCAAAUAGGCUCUGAGCACUUGGAAUUAAUUGCUGGCCAUGCCCUGAACAUGCCAGGACAUUUCUGUGCCUUUGCUAGAUUUCUCUGCUUGGAAUGCCUUUCCCAUCCUCUCUACCGAGUGAAUAUAUUUUUUUAUUAUUACUGAGGUAGAACAAUUUUUUUAAGUUUAUUUUCUCAUUUGUCAAUUGGUUUGACAUGUCUCAUUUUUCCACUGGAUAUUUCAGUGUUGGUUUCAUAUGAUCAUUUAAUUAACCCGUCUUCAUUCAUACAUUAAUGAAAUGUUUUGAAAGUCUACUAUGUGUCCGAUCCUGUGCUUGCACGGUACUUAUGACGUGGUACUUAUUAAUGCUUAUGACAUUUAAAGUCUAACCACGUAUCAUAUAUCCAAAGUUUUUUCUAGUUUGCCAUUUACCUUUUAACUUUUUAAAAAUGCAUUGAAGUUAUCUAUGAUUUUAUAGUCAAAUCUAUAAGUAUUUAUGAUUUCUGCCUUUGGUUUCAAAUUUAGAGUGGUCUCCCCUACUUCAAAGAACAUAAAUUUUCACAAAAAUUUUCUUCUAGCCCCUCUGUCUGCUUUUGAUGGUAAUGUGAAUUUGUCACCUUUUCUGUAUCCUCCUGAGUAUUUUAGUGCAGGUUUGGGAAAGGCUCUUUCGGAAGCUAUGGGCCAUAUGUUGUAUUAAACUAGAAGUACUAGGAAAUUAUCUUAAAUGCCUUGAAGUGGAUGUAUUAAUAGAAAGUGACUUGGAUUUACUCUGGGCCAUCCCAAUGAAGAGAGGUAGCCCCACAGGUAGAAACAACAGUGAAACAAAUUUCAUCAGGAAGAAUUGGAGAAUGCAAGUUUCAACAACGCAGCGGGCUGCCCCAGAGACUAAUGUUCCAGGUGACUAAUGUUACCAAAUACAGAUCAAACGGGUUAACCACUAGGCCAGGACAUAGUAGGGGGUUCCUGUAGCAGAUCAAUGGUUCUCAAACUUAAGCCUCAGAAUCACCUAGAAGGUUUGUUAAAGCACAGCUUGCUGAACCCAUGCUUGCAGUUUCUGAUUCAGAAGUUCUGGAGUGGAGCCUGGGAAUUCACAUUUCUGACAAACUCCCAGGUGACGCUGCUGUUGCUGCUGGUCUGGGGAUUAUACUUUGAGAACCAGUAAGAUAAGGAACCAGACAAACUUCAGAGUACCUCUCACCCUGAGAGUUUAGGGUUCUAAGCAAUAUUUCUAUACUGAUUUGACCACUAAGCCCUCCCUUUUCUAUAUUUCUCCAUAAAACACCUAUUGACACAACUGGGGAAUAACUAGUCUACCUUAAAUCUAAAUAUUAAGCCCCAUUGAGUUGUAAAGAAAUCCUUCCCAUCUUCAGACCUUCUGUUCCUAGAUUAUGAAUUCCAAACACAGAAAGGUAAGGGAAUUCAGAGAUCACAGCAUGAACCCCACUGGUUUUCCAUCUGCUUGCACAUUGUUAUCACCUGGGGAGAUUUCAAGGUCCCACCCCAAAGGUUCUGUUUAAUUGCUCUGAAAUAAAGUCUGGGCACUGGAAUCAUAAAGGCUCCCCAGGUGAUUGUAAUAGACAUCCAAGAUUGAGAAGCAGUGAGCUGGUCCAAUUUCCUCUUUUUCACUCAGGGCAGCAUAUUCUCUUUCCUUCUUGAAACACUUUAAGGGAAACUCUCCACAUUCCUUCAGAAACCCUAAGAGUAAGAUAGGCUGAUCACAGUCUUCACGUGCUUUUAACAGUCCCUUUCCUAUCAGGAAGAUGGUGAACCUAGACUGAGGCUGACAUGUCAUCGUUACUGCUUAAGAAGAUGGAAAAGAGAAAAAUAGAACUCGGCCUCAUAUGUCUUUUCUGGAUGGAAUUUAAUCAAUCUACCCACCAGCCUGAACCCUCCCCAGUCACUUUUACCCCAAUUUAGACUCCACCUCACUUCACGUGCUUCCGGAGAACCCACUGGGUUUGUAUGUCAUCUGUUUUCAGAUCUGGCAUCAGGAGGCUGGUACAUUCCAUUACUAUCUGCAAGAACAAAAUACUAAAGCUCACUCAGAACUUGUUUUGCAAGCCUGGGUCUCUUUGCAACCAGAAGAGACCCAAGGAAACACACACGUAAAUGUACAUAAACAAUGUUUGAAACUCAUCCGAAGUAAAGCCUGAGAGGUUGUGAAAUCCUCCCCAGCUGUUUCCAAUAAGGGCGUGAGGCCAGUCACAUGGGCACCAAGUCUCCCUCCUGUCACAGAGGCAAGAACAGCCUGUGCAGGUUAUCCCCCAGGAGAGGGAUCGUCCUCUGCCUGCUCCUUCUAAAGCAGAUAAGCCUCCUGUAGCAUAAGGAGGCCUCAGAGAAAGUGUCUGCACUCUUGCUUUCUCUCUCCUCUCUUCUUUCUCCUUCACAUUUCCUUCAUUCCCUUUCUUCUCACCCCUUUCCUGUUUUUCUUUUCCCUGUUCACUGCCAAUUUCUAAGGCCUGUCAUGGUUGCUUUCCCUCAACAAAGACCAAUUGCACUCCUACUAAGAAUCCAUUUCUGGGCUGGGCACUAGGGAUAUCCACUGGAAGAGGACUAAAUUCCAGCUCCCAGGAGUUCAUGUAUGUAUGUAUGGUGUGCAAGAGAAGAUAGUGUCACCCACUGUAUGAACUGCAAAUGCUUACAGAAGCACAAACCCACUCAAGAUAACUUAGGGUAAUGAUAAUCUCCAUUUUAAAGAACAGAAAUUGAGGCUCAUGGAAAAUUAUUAACUUUUCCAAGGACACACAACUGGUAAGGAGGUCUGGGCUUGAAUUCAGGACAUUCAGACUUGAAAGUCAAUACAAGGGAUUCCUGAACUCCUUCAUGCAUUCAACAGAUACUUUUUAGACAUCUUCUAGGAGCCAAAGGGCACUGUAUUAGUACUUGGUAUACAAGAGGAAUGAAUGAGUCCUGUCCCUGCCCUUGAGGAACAGGGACAAACAGGAAGCCCCCAAGCACUGCCUGGUGUGAAAGUCUCUGUGAGGGGGCUUCACCCAGGAAGGGCAUCUCACCAGCCUUGGAGUCCAUAUGGCUUCUUGAAUGGACAUUUAAACUGAGACAAAAAGGAGGGAAUGGAGUUUGGGGAGAAAAUAUUCUAGUGGCAGGGAAGCUUGGGUACAGAUCUGCAGGUGAGACUAUGGCUCCUUCAGGGAGACACAAGGAACGGGGUACAGAGGAGGACAGAGUGGGUGGCAGUGGGAAGAGGGACUGUGUUGAAGAGGCACCUGAGGUGCCGGCCAUGGGUGUCUGGUCUACCAGCCUGAGGAGGCUGGACUCUACCCUUAGGACAGUGGAGCUUACUGCAAGAGUUUUAAGCAGAGGUGCAAUCAGAUGUGGGUUUUAGAAAGGUCACACUGGCUGCAGUGUGGGUGCAGUGGCAGUGAGAGAGGCUGGCCGCCUGAAGCGCAGAGUGGUGAGCAAGGAAGAGCCUAGAUUCAUGAGAUGCUAAGCAAUUAAUCACAGAUUUGGUAACUGCCUGGGUGUGAGGAUGGGAGGGUAGAAGGUGCGGGGGAGGACCUCCAGGAUUUGGCCCAAGUGACAGAGCUGACUGUGCUGCCAUUCACCAGGAUGAGGAGAGCUUUGGGAGGGAAGUUGAGGACCUCACUUUUUAACUUGUGGAGUUGGUGGUGCCUGUGAGACAUCCAAGCAUCCUGUAGCAGGUCAGGACCAGGGUGAAGCCUGAAGGCAUCCAGGGCAGGUACUCUACGGGUUGUUCACUGUCAGGGUUGUGUGAGAGCAGGGACCUGAGAGUACAUGCCUCCUUAAAUUUUGUGCCCUAGACACCUCGCAUGCCUCAUCCUAGUCUUAACCUGUUCAGGGGGCAGUUUUGCUCCAGCGAGAGUUCUGGAUGGGGGCAAAGAUUUGAGAGUCAUUGGCCAUGGCAAUUGAGACCAAUGUGAAUAGAGGGGAUACCAGGGAGAGAGGUAGAGAGAAGAGAAAUAAGCACUGAACCCUGAGAGUCACAUCCUUUAAGUCAGGGUAGAGAAAAGAAAUAGAGCAAGACGGAGACUAAGAAGGACCAGCCAAGAGAAAGAGAAGUCACAACAGGAAAGUCUGGGGUCAUGGAAGCCAAGGGAAGAUAAUACAUUACGGAGGAGGGUGGGGUGUCAAAUGAUGGGAAAUUAAGAUGCAAACUGAGAGUAAUCCUCUAAUAAGAUUAGCAGUAAGGAGGUUAUGAUGCCCUUAGUGACCUGAGCUCUGUGGGAUAAUGCUGAUGGGAGCGAAGCUUAACAGACAAUGGGAGGGAGAGCCAAGGCAGUAGCUGGAGGAGAUCCUAGAGUUGGAAAGGGUUCUUUGUCUUAGUAAGACUUGAGCGUGAUUAAGUGCAUAUGGCAGAGACCCAGUAGAGGAAGGGGUUGAAGGCAAGAACUCAUUGUUAGACUGCAGGAACCCUUAGGAGAAGGGAUUGAAGGGCUUAGGAGGAAGUGCCAGUCCAUUAGUGACAUGGGUUGCAGAGCCCAGGUAUGAGUGAGAGAGCAGGAAGUGAGGGCAUUCCUGUGGGAUGUGAUGGGCUCUAUUCUCCCUGCGAUGCCGCUGCAGGAGUGGGGCAGCUGGAACUGGAGUUCCUGGAAACAGCCACACCUUGGGAAUCCCAUUGCUCCUGUGCUGACAGCACUUCUUCACGUUCCAGAGUAAAUGUCUCAGGAUUAAAUAAAAUGAUAGAUAUAAGUAAUUUCAAAAGAUGGGACUUUAUUUUCCUCCCCUCCUUCCCCCUGAAAACUGCCAUUGAUUUCAGCUCAGAGAAUUUUAGUUAACUCUUAACCUAUGGAAAAAACUUUUCUUCAGAAUUAUUUUAUGUUCAAACCAGCAAUGACCAAAAGAAUCAAGUUCUCUACAUAUUGAAGUCUUGCAUGAAAGUCAUUUUUCUUGCACAAUAAACCAUUAAGUUUAUAUUAGUUUUUUUACAUUGAGUAAAUAGACAUCUUCAGAAUUCCUAUCUGACACCAGGUAUAAGGUCCCAACAGAUCUAGAGGGAAAGUCUCCUGACCGUUUAUGGAUUUUUGUAAGAAAUGGAUCAUUUUAAGAAAAAGGAAGAAAAAAAGAAGAAAAUUAUAGAAAAUGUUCCUAGAGGGUGUGAUUUAUUCUGGCACAGCAUCUUCCCUGGAUGUUUGAAUUCUCUGUAGUAUUCAUUCAGCUCUCACCCUUGGAAGCCUCUCCUUUGCUGUCUCAUUGGAGGGGGACAUAAGUACUUAGAAUUCUUGGCUCAGUUCACUGAAUUUAAGGAGGAAAAGGUUCAAAACACUCUCUGUCCAUAGCAAAAACUAAACUGUGCCCAAAACCUGAAAAGUUAACUUUUUUCAGAGAUGUUAAACCCAAAGUUGAUGUUACAAAAUAUACCGUCUUGGGAUGUUUUUUUUUUUUUUUUUGGCACCAGCUUUCUUCUCCCAUGGUAGGAAGCGUCUCUGAGGAAGUACAUAUGAAAGCAAUUGCUGUGGUUAUCUUCCUCUCCCUCUCUUCCCCCCGCCUUCCAGUCCCCACAAUCUGAUCCCUUUUUCCACAAGCAUUACAUGCUCACAUUCACACACAUUCCUCCUCCUCCUUAUCACCAUCACCAUCAUCAUCAUCAUCAUCAUCAUCAUCAUUUUGUAGCUUCUUUCAACAUGUAGGACUUUCAACUUCAGAUUGUCUCAUCGCCCAAACAGCUGCAACAACAGAAGGUUAAGUCCUGAAAUCAGGUUGCAAAUAGCAAAUAGAGGAGAAAUAAAUGCUAAGCUGAACAAGACAGGGAUGAGAAUAAAACAACCCUGUUCAAAUUCUCUGACCUCAUUUUUUCCCUUCCAAACAAAAUCGAGAGGUAGGGCUUAGCACUAGGGUCAGAAUUUUACCCAAGUGUAUAAUAUUUGAGGUUUGCUACUUUGUCCAAGCAUGAUGUUCAUGUCUAGCCACUUGGCUUCUGUGAGCCUGAUCCUCCAGCUGAUGGCACCAGAAAAGAUCAUCUCGGGGGACAUUUGGCAUCUCUGUGAUAGGCCUCAAUUAAGAAUCAUUAGAACCCAGGCUGGUGGGAAGUUCUGUCCUGGCAGAAAACUAUUGGGUUAGAUUACAGAUGGCAAAAUCUGACCUAGGAGAUGGGCUUUUGAACAUUGUGGGAAAAAGCCAGCCUGCUAUAAAACUUCCACCCACACCCAUCUUCGUUUGGCAUCUCCAUGACCACCCCAACUCAACCUGACCCUCAGUCUUGGAGAUGGACUGGCAGUUCCUCAUAAUCACAGACCCUGCAUUUUAGAGGCACCAAAACUGAGGUCUGGAAAGGUGGUCUGGAGAGAUUCCCAAGCCCUCCCAGGUCCAUUAUCUCAAGUGUUCCCCAUCACCUCCUUACUUUAUUCUCCUUUUGAUAUAAGAAAGAUGAGACUCAGAUAAGUUCCCUGCUCUUUUCAAGGUCACAAAGAGUGUUGGUGGAAGUGACAAGACUAGAAACCCACCAGCUCGACACUGCCUGGCUCUCCUUGAGUCCUCAGCCCAGACCAGGAGAGGAGGAUAAGCAUCCAGACUGGGCCUUAUCUCUUGAGGAAAAGGCAGGAGCAGAUAUAACUUCAGAAGGCAGAGUUAGUCCUUGCCACCCAACCCCUUUCCUUCUUGUCCUCCUACCUCUUCCCACCUCCUGGUACCUUUCCACUUUUAUACCCUGCCCAAGAUGACAUACCUAGUGAUGCCCUCCCACAUGGGCCUACUCUCCUGCACAGGAUACUGUGCUCCCAGAUCACCUCAUGCUCCUUUGUUCUCCCUGAUUCAACCUCUCACUGCCUCCCACUUUACCACCAACACUGUGUCUAGGAGAGAGACUCCAUCCAUCCAGUUAAUACAUCUAGAGCUCCCAUUCUCCAGCAGGCACCAGGCUAGGCAGUAGUGAUUUAGCAUGAACAAGGCGAGAUCCCUGUCCUUGUGGAGUUUACAUUGAAGUUGUCAGAAAAGAUCACUAAAUUACAGCUCCACGUGGUAGAUGGUAUGGGGGGAAUUUGGAAUUUUCUGGGAGCAUAGAGCCAGGAGAUUUAACCCAGGCUAGGGCAUCAGGGCAGACUUCCAAAGAGAAGAGACUAUUUGGCUAAGAUUUAAAGGACAAACUCUCCCAGUAAAGGGAGAGAAGGGCCUUCUAGUUGGAGGAACAGCAUGUGUAAAAGGCCAGAAGGGAGAGGAACUGAGAGAGGAUGCACAGACCCGCAACCAGGGAAGGUAGGGAAUACAGCAGCCACCACCUGCAAGCUCUGCCUUCUCCAAUCUUAGUCCACCCAAAUCCUUUAGGCACUCAGCACUCAGCCAAAGCCCAAAACCUUCUCCAAGUCAAGGCUCAUUGUCUGGCCCUUCCUUCCUCCUCUGCUUACAGCCACAAAGUUUAGCACCAAGUUAAUUUUAACCAAUACUGACUUUUCAUUCCCUGAAUACGUUAUAAGCAAUUUGAGAGAAGGACCAUGGCUUUUUUUCCUUUUUUUUGAUUUUCCCUCACAGCACUGAGGACCUAGCUCAAUUUGUUUCCUUGUCCCAGGGAGCAUGGCUUUUUCUGCAACCUCCAGGUCACAGCUGUUUGCAAACUUUUAUGAUGUGUCUUCAUAGGAAACUGCAUUUGAGUCACAGGCAAAGAGAUAUCUGAAUAAAUCCUCCAUCUUUUAAUAAGGAGAAAGAAUUCACAAGGUCUUCUAGGAACAUGUCCAGAUAAAAUGAGGCUGAUUAAAAUUUUAAAACUCUAAACUUUUAUUAUAAUUGCCACUCAUA